UUUCACAAAAAAUCUUCGGAUAGAGAAUACCGGCUUAUAACGUGUCGACGUAAACGUCAUUUGCUGUCUUCGCGAAGACUUGGACCGAAGCUAGGGAAUUCAACGAAAAAUACACCUUUCUACGACAACGUUUUGACACAAAAUAAUCAAGAUGCACGGUGGAAAUGCUACAAGGUCCAGCGUUAAAAUAUUUGCGAAUAUUUUUAUAUCCUUCGUGGGAGCUGGCGUGCUUGGAUUACCCUAUGCAUUCAAAGAGGCUGGCAUCUGGGAGGGGAUUCUCAUCAUGCUGUUUGUUGCAGUUGUCAGCAUGAAGGCCAUGUUGUUAUUAAUCGACUGCAAGUACAAGCUAGAAGAGAGGAAAGAAGUCCGGAAGCUUUUCAAAGUAUCCCCCAUUCCAAGACCUGAUGCAGAGAAAGGAGACGGGGGAGGAGGUGGAGGAGGAGACAAGGAAGAGAUGGAGAACCUCAUAAAUGGAAACUCAGAAAAUAGUGAAAAAGAAGUGGUAAUGUGUGGAGAGUCCAAUGGAGAGGUUCAUGUCGUCUCAGGAAGCAAGAAUUCCAAGACAGAGGUAAAAAAGUCUCGCCGUUUUCAAUGCGAAAAUGAGCAUUUGAAGGAGUUAAAUUAUGGAGAUCUUGCUUAUUAUGCUAUUGGAAGCAAAGGAAGGUUGAUUGUUGAGAUGUCAAUAGUCAUUUCUCAAACAGGUUUUUGUUGCAGUUAUUUGAUAUUCAUCUCAUCAAAUCUGGCAGCUCUCUUUCAGCAUCUUACUAUGUAUCAUUAUAUAGUGUUCAUGCUUCCUGGGUGCUGUGCUUUAUCUCUUCUAAGACAUCUCAAUAAAUUAGCAUUGUUCAGCUUGAUGGCAGACUUUGCCAAUGUUUUUGCAUACACAGUUGUGUUUUGGUUUGACUUUGAACACAUACACAAUGUACCAAUUCAUCCAAAGACAAUGUCAUUAGAAGGCUUUCCAUUCUUUUUAGUGAUAGCAUUCUACUGUUAUGAGGGAGCUGGAAUGAUUUUAGAUCUUGAAAGUUCCGUAGCUAUGGAGAAAAGGGAAAAAUUUAGAUCGAUAUUCAAAUUGGCAAUUGCUUCAAUGACAAGCUUAUUUAUUGGGUUCGGAGCCUGUGGGUAUUUGUCUUUUGGUCCUGAAACCAUGAACAUCAUUACUCUCAAUCUACCAGAUGGUGUAUUACCCCAUGCUGUACAGGCUCUAUUAUCAUUCUCUUUAUACUUCACAUACCCUGUCAUGAUGUUCCCUGUUAUAAGAAUCAUGGAGAAGAGAUUGAUAAAUGACCCUAAUAAUGAGGUUAUUAAAGGGAAUUUUCUGCGACUAGGGAUGGUUUUAUUGACUGCUGUGGUGGUGGUGUUAAUACCAAACUUUACUACCCUCAUGGCAUUAGUGGGGGCGACAUGUUGCACCCUCUUAGCAUUUAUUCUACCGGGGCUUAUACAUUGGAGGAUAUUCCAAGAGUCUCGUUCAUGUUUUGCCAAGAUUUUAGAUGUACUACUCAUAUUUAUGGGUUGUUUAGCAACCGUUCUAGGGACGAUAGAUGCCCUGAAGAGAUUGUUUCCUUCCCUAGAUCCCAACCACACAGUUGUAGAUACUGGAAUAUGAAGGCUGUAAUCAACAUCCCAUCCAACAAGCAAAGACCAAAUAGAGUUCAAGUUAUAGAUUAGCUAAUGAUUGUGUGCUAUGUGAUGAGAGAGUUUAAUGUGGGUUGGGGAUGGGGAAUCCCUAGUCAGUCACAUCUCAGCAAUGAUAACCUGGGGCCAGUAACACAAAGCAUAAUCAUUGAUUUUGGGACUGAUUUUCACAAUUGAUUCCAUUGGUUAAUAUGUGCAAUCAGUUGUAAAAAUGAUAAGUACGAUCACAUGCUAUUAAGGUUUGUGUUCUGUGAGGCUCAGGCAUGUCUCUUAUUGGCUCCUUUCAUUAAUAAUAAGGUCUGUCUGGACAAGACUAAUUACUGCAUUCUGCAUAAUAAAUCACUUAUAAUACUGACAAAAUACCAUUCCAUUUCAUUACUGAUGAGAAAAUGCAUGACUUUUUUUUAUUUAUAAACAUUGAAUAUGUGAUGCAUAGAAUCAUUAUUAUGUUGAUCAAUUUGACGGAAAGCACAGAUACAUGCAGGGAGUGAUGGAAAAUGAUUUUCUGUUCUCUGUAUUGUUACUGCUAUACUUUUGAAUGGAUCAAAUUCAAAACAAAUGGAUCAAAUUCAAAACAGGCAUUGUGGAAAAUGGAUAGUGCAACUGAAUUUAAUUUGAAGUUAAAAUCUAAUAAGAUGUAAUGUUGGUACCUAGACAUUUUCACAUGACAAAUAAUGCUGUAUAUUAAUUGAGUAUAUGUGUACAUCUCAACAUGAUUGGAACUGGUAUUCACAAAAGAAAAAUGAUAGUGAAGAUUAAAUGUGCUGAAUGCUAAACAGCAUGAACAGGUCUACGAUUGACAUAUAAUUUGGUAUUAUUGAUGUGACUUCGCUAUAAAUAAUUACAGGCGCUGAUCCAGAAUCAGACUUUUGUGGGGUGCGACUUUGUCAAAAAAAGUUGACAAGCAAAUACAAAGAAAAAGGAAUAAAUGCCAUUUUUCAGGAUGUGCACUGAAGCCAAUCUAUAGGAUGCACCAUUAUAUUUUCAAAUUAUACGGGAUAGGGUAUUUAUAUUGCGCACAUAUCCACCUUGUUAGGUGCUCAAGGCGCUC